AUGCAGUCAUCAGGCCGCAGCAUCGGCAACAUCUUGCCCUGUGAGGUUUCUACGGCCAGCUCUCGCUCCUCGCGGAAUCAAAAGGAGCAGGAGAAGCUAGAGAUGGCGCAGCAGAUGGCGAAGAGGCGGAUCAUGUUGGGCGUCAGCAAGACGAACGCAUCGGUGACAGUGAGGAACUCAGGGGUCAAAUUCGAACGUCCAGUCAAACGCGCGGGAACUCGGGGAUACCGAGCGCCCGAAGUGCUCAUGGGCAUGCAGUGCCAGACCACAGCAGUGGACGUGUGGGCUGCUGGGGUAGUACUGCUUACCCUGCUGUGCCGCACGACACAGUUCCAAUGGUUCCAGUAUAACGACAUAGUCACGGCAACGAUGGAGAUCUACGGCUUGCGCAUGUACAUCAAGAGCAUGGAUGCUGUGUGGAAGCUCCUCGACGUUAAGAUUCCACCAUUGGAACUGCAUCUCAGCUAUGCCCGCGGUUUCAAGCAAACAUGGCGGACCUUGUCAAGCUCCCUGGGCGCGCAUGCGGGAUGCAAGGACUGGCUGGAGGUGGAUGAGAAACAUGCGAUCUGGGACUUCCUCAACUGCUGCCUCAACAUCGAUCCCCGCACGAGGAUUACAGCACUGGAGGCUCUGAAGCAUCCCUUCCUCAUUAGUGCUGUCAAGUAA